GAACCAGGCAGGAGGCGGGCCCCAAAGCUUCCGCCCCGCCCCCUUGCCAACGCCCGCUUUUAUUGGAGAAGGGCGAUGUCAAUCUCGCGCCUCCGCCUAUCGCCAGCGCUCCUCUCCUGGCCCCGCCCCCGGCGGCUGGGCGCCACUUCUUGGGAAGUUGACGGCUGGAAGUGGCGUUCGGAGCGCGGCGCUCCCGGGUUCUGUGGCAGCUCGGCCGCAGCCCCGCGGUGCCGUCGAGCGAGAAGUGGCGGAGCAGCGGGACGAGCGGGGCCCGGAGCAGCAGCAGCAGCAGGAGCGGCGGCCGCUCGUCCUUUCGCCGCCGCCGAUGGAGGCGAGCCUGACGUGCGCCGUGUGCCUGUCGCUGUUGGAGGAGCCGGUGACGCUGCCGCUGUGCUCGCACAACUUCUGCCGGGGCUGCGUGCUGGAGUGCCUGGCCUCGGCCGAGGCCGCCCGCCUGCGGCAGCUGCAGCGGAGUCCGGGACAGGCCCGUCUCGGCCGCGGGGCGCCGGGGCCGGGCCCGGGCCCGGGCCCGUCCUCCGCCCGCGUGCCUUGUCCGCUGUGCAGGAAGCUGUGCCUGCUGCCCCGCGGCGGCGUCGCCGCCCUGCCCGUCAACACCACCCUGGCGGAGGUGGUCAAGCUCUACCGGGCCGGCGCGGCGGGCGCCGCCACGGCCGCGUUCGGGGGAAGCUGCCAGAAGCACCCGAGCCGGCCGGUGCAGCUCUACUGCCGCAUGUGCCGGCAGGCGGGGUGCGGGCAGUGCGUCUCCGAGGAGCAUCAGGGCAUCUUCCACUCCGUCAACCUCAUCGACACGGUGUACCAGGAAGAAAAAUUAACCUUCUUUAGCACUCUGAAACAAAUGAGGAUGAUCAAUGAGAAGCUGGUAAAUGAGAUCUCAAAACAACCGAAUGAUGCAGAUAUGAUGCUGAAAAAUGAUGUGGAGAUCAUUGAGCUGAAAUUUGGAGAAAUUUUCAAAACUCUAGAAAUGAAAAAACAGCAAUUACUAGAAGACGUUGAAGAUCAAAGAGGUAAAAAAGAGAAAGAAUUUCAGAUUUGGAAGAAAAUGAAAGAAACUCACAAGAAGACCAUUGAGAAUUUUUUGAAGGAUUGUGAAAAGCUUGUCCAUGAGUGUGAUCCUCAGUGUUUCCUGGAGGUUGCCUGUGGCUUGAAUGCAAGAAUGAAAACUCAGCUUGAUGUGAUGAAUAUAGCAUCCAGCUGGGAAAAACCACCAGUGUAUAUGCCAAAGAAGAUAGAUAUCAAGUCUGUGGUUAAUGAAAUCUUAGCAUUGGAGUUAACACCUGUUGAUGCAGGCAAUGUUCAAGAGCUACCUUAUGAAGGAAAUGAGAGCUCAACUCUAUUUAAAGAUACCUUAAAGCAGUGGCAGGACCAGAAGAAUGCACCCAGCACAUUUCUUCCUGUAGCAGGACAGGAUGAAGCAGAUGGUAGCAGGAUCCCUACUCGCUUUAUGUCAAUAUCAGAAAUGUCAGAAUUUCGAAAUAUGAGCCAUGAGGAGUUACGUUACAAAUACUAUAUGGAUCUUCAGAAGCUCCCCAAUGUGUUUAAGACUCAAAAUUUCCCUGCAAACAAAAAGUAUAAAUUUGUAACUGCUGAGGCCUCCAAGCAUAAGUCCUCUGGAACUUCUCUUACAUCUUCACCUACCAAAGCAAAUAACACAGAUAAAAUAAAAAUGGGAGCCUUGCAAAGAGGAGGUGGUUUUGACAAAAGGAACUUUUCUGGAAGCAGUGCUCAUAGCAUCCCAUCCACAAAUACGAUUUUUUCUGAAACAAAUGGUGACUUAAAAUUAUUUCGUGAGGGAAAUGGCCAGAAAGUAUCUGCUCCAGCCUUGUCAGAAACCUCUCCAGACUUGUUAAUUAAAGAAAAAUGGCCAAGACCAGCAUCAGCAGGUAGUGUUUCCAACGAAAUGAACUCAAAUUCUAGCACUUCUUCGGACUUAAAGCCAGCAGCAACAGUGGCUGUUACUGUUUCAAAUUCAGACUCUGUAGAUGUUUCAGCAGAGCGACCUUCAGGUGUACCUUUUACUUUCAGUGCAUCUAACAACUCAGUACCAAGAUUUAGUAAAGACAGAGGUACAUUUUCCUUUAAAAAGCAAGACAAGAGAGGUGCUUUCCCUCAGUUUUAUUUAGGGAGAUGUGAUAAGGUGGAUAAAACCAAUAACCAGGAUAAAUAUGGUCCUGAAACCAAAAACGUAGUUUGUGAUGCUUCAACAACUCCUAAUUUGGACUCAGCAGAAAGUGAGAAACCACACAUUAUGUUUCCCUUCGGCAAUUCAGAAAGAGAUUGGUUUGCAGGAUCAGAAGCUAGCAAUUCCUGUAAGGUGUUACCAUCAUCCUCAUUUCUUAGCCGAUCUGAGAAGCCAUCUGACAAAAAAACAUUAUCCCACAUGAGGGAAAAAACACCUUGUGCAAAGGAACCUGCAGGAUAUGGUACACAAAAACCAUCUGUCUUAGGGGAGCAAAACCCUCACACUUCAGAAUCCAGCAUAACUGUAGCUUGUGGUGCUUCAGAAACCAACACUGGAGCUGGGGUGAAUGGUGUCUCCAAGCCCCCCCUUCUCCCCAGUAACUGUGCAUUUUCUUUCAAAAGUAACUUUCCACUGCCUUCACCAGUAUUUUCAUUCGGAGGCAUUGUCAGAAGUACCUCUGAUUUGCUGACUUCUUCCAUGUUUUUUUCUGGGAACAGAACAGACAAAAUGGAAAAGGAGAAGGUGAAAUCUCCUGACAAAACACUUCUAAAUAUAGGGAAACAUGUAUCUUCAGAGUGUGCAGAGCCUGCUUCUCUUCAGAGUCAUCCAAAAUGCGAAGGCUCGUGUUUGCCUAUGAACUCAUCUAAAAGCACUGAAAGUGCAGAACAGCUCGGUGAUGGUAGCACUCCUCGUCAGCCUUUAUGUUCGGGAGUCCUUCCCGUUGAAUAUGAGAAUGCGUCUUCCACUCAGCUCACUACAGCAACACUGCAACAAAAAAAGGUAAAAGAUGAAGGAACAGUUGCUGAAAACAACUCUGUGUGUCCUAGAAGGGAGGAUAAACCUGAGCCUGUACAGUUUCAGAACACAGUUUGUUCUGUUCCUGGCACAUGCAAUGAUCCAUCUUCAGGAGAUUCUGUGCUUGCAGUAAGUGAGACAGAGGAAUGCUAAGAGACAGCACUUCUGACACUUAAGAGCCAAGUUAAACAUCUGUCUCUACUGGUACCAGCCAUACAUCAGAAUAUUUUUCUGUUGCUGAAGACAAAAUGUCUGGUAGAAGAAAAUCAGAUGUGAAGAGAGACUGGAAAGGAGAAUAAGCUGGAAUUAAAUAAAUGCUACUUAACACAUUAAAAGGUGGGGAUACUUGUGGUUUUACAGUUGUUUUUCUCGCCAGCCAAGAUAUCUCUGUGUUGGAAACAUAACUAUUUAUGAGCAGUCCAAUGCAAUGAAGUGAUUUUUAUAGUAUAGUCAUAAACUCAAAAAACAACCAAAAAAUGUCAUGUCUAGCUCAAGACCAAAGCAUAACCAUAGAUGCUGCAUCUUCAAGAAUGCCAACCUUCUGGGGUAUGUUUGGGGGAUGGAGAGCUGAGGUGUCCCAGAAAGCGAGUUGAGUGAAUCCUCAGUGGCAGGAGGCAGAAAAUUGCUGUUUGUGUAUAGGAGCACUUGCACUUAAAUGGGUAAGAGAACAGCCAAGAGCAUUCACCUCACAGGCAGGGAGGGAGGAGAGCCGCAACAAAAAUAAAGGAUGUUGAAGGUGUUACUGAAAA